GUUCGGUUUGCGCGAAGAAGGCUCAAAGUAAGGCAUACACUCCCUCUAGACCAAUCGUGAUGGCUUCUUAAUUUUCUUCUUCGUCUCGGGUUGCUUUUCCCCCGUUCGACAUUUCCGUGAUUAAACACUACUUUCGGUCCAGAAGCGCCGUUCAUACAUCUAGCUCUUAUCUCUUGCCUCAGCCGAUCAGUCACAAUUCAGACGUAACUCGAGAACAGAUUACCCCCUCCGUCAUGCUGGCUAUGCCCUCCCUCAUUUGAAUUCGAGUCUAUAUAUUUCGCCACGAUCGGCCGCGACACAUUCUCUUCCUUUCAAUCUAUCGGCAAAUUUCCCUCAGUAGAACUUCACGAAACAAUUUUCGCAUCUUUGUUGUCCCUCGGUAUCGGGAUCCAUCCGAACAAUUUUUGCGCAAAUGUCGAAGUCUACCCUUGCCGGAGCCGCGUCGGGCAAGGGCUCCAACAACACAAACGCGACAAAAGCGGUCACAUCCCUUGGUGAUGAUAUCUCGGGGCUUUCCGAAACAUUACAGGGACAUGUGGAUGAUAUCCGCACGCUUUUACAAUGUGGCAUUUGCAUAAGACCGCUUUACGAACCUUUCACUCUUGCCUGUGGACACACAUUCUGCUAUAGUUGUUUAACGUCAUGGUUUGCUGGUGGGAGGUCUAAUAAAACAUGCCCCGACUGUCGAGCGCCAGUGAAGACACAACCUGCCCCUGCUUACCUGGUCCGUGCGGUUGUCCAACUGUUCACGAGUCGUGCGGAGCUUUUAGAAAAGGGAGAGACGACAGCUGAGCACACGCGCCACCAGCGCGAGGAAGCAGAGAGACUGGAGAACGAUAAGAAAAAUGCACAUCCCAAAGAAGGAGGUUUAUUCCGGGGCACAUUCAACAAAAAGCUCCCUGCUGCACAACCCAUCGUCGACCUUGAGGACAAUGUCGUUCGCUGCCCGCGCUGUUCAUGGGAGCUAGAAGAAGAUUCAAAUUGUGCGCAGUGUGGAUAUCGCCAGGAUAAUGAGUCGGUAACAGAUGCAUCGGAUUAUCUGAGCGAUUCAGAAGAGAAUUCCGAGAUGACAGAUUACUUAGAUGAUGACCUUGAAGACGGAUUUGGUGACCUAGACGACAUUGACUGGAAUGAUUUCUAUGACGGAGUUCCUCUUGAGGCGUUGGCUUUCGACCUCCCUCAUCAUCUAUACGGUUUGCAUCGUCAUCAUCACCAUCACCUCCAUCCACCCCCACCUCCUCCACGUCCCAUUUACCUGCGCGAUGGUCACCACGAUGAAGCGUCUUCAGCUACACAUGAUAGCGAAGAUGAGGAAGAGGACUACUCGGAGGACACUGACAUGGAUUCAUUCAUUGACGAUGAUGAACAUAUAGAUGUCGAGGAUCAUUACGACUCAGAAUCGGACAGAUCUACAGUAGUUGGGGGUCCUAAUUUUCACAUACAAGAUCAGUAUGAACAUCAGCUGAGCUCGGAGUUAACUAUGUCUCGUGGCGACGAUUAUACAGACGAUGGCUCGAGUGGUGUAGACGGAGUUCCCGAUAGUGAAGAGGAUGGUGAAAGUGACGGGGAUGAAGAGGAAGACGAAGAUGAUGACGAGCCAAUUCGGCCGCCCGUGAACGGGAGCCGGCGCCGCCAAGCCCCUGCUUUUCGUGGAACUUCAGGUGCGCCUAUGCUCUUGAACCAGCUUUCUUCACGGCCUAAUGUGAAUCCCUACCCAAUGCGCCGACCAGUCUCACGCACUCAAAGUACGACCAGUGCAGGAACCUCUGUCUCGAACGCAAUUAAUUUGGACGAUGAUUCUGAUGAGGGCCCAGUUCGACCCUUCCGAAGGAAUUGUCGGCAUGCUGCUCGUUGAAAUAUUUGCUCCUUGCUCAUCUACGACAUGACGACACUUCUCUGACCUCCUUACGGCGGAUCUUAUAUGACCGGAUUUCUCUAGCUUCCUCGAAUGUAGGCAGUAGGGAGCGAACAGGACAAUUUGCAUGGGUUCGGCUACUUCAGGACUUUUGUUCAGUGUUAGCCAUCGAUAUAUUGUUCUUUCUUAACUUGAGGACAUCCGCUACGGAUGUUCUACCAGCCCUAACCAUUGUACUUGCUCUUGGGAGAUUCGAAACACUAUAGGACCCAGAAAUAUAUGAGACUGGCAUUGGUAAGGGAGGGAGAAGGUUCACUUCGUUCAGCAUUGGCUCAGAAAAAUUUCCUCGCAUUCUAUACCCCUGUUUCCCUAUGAAUACUUUUUUCUGGCUGCCUUCAUUGGAUAAUAGGCUCUUCACCUGAGCGUACUUCUUUCCCCAUGCUGUCUCUAGCAUGAUGUAUCAUAAUCACUGGUCUGGAUCAAACUCUACUACACCAUGACUUAAUCUGCCGAGAAAUCCCACGGAACCAGGUGUACUUGUAGCGGAACAAUUGAAUCGACGAAGCUAGUGUAUUCCCGGCCUUAUUGUUUGCUUUGCUUUUACCCCUUCCGUCAGCACACGCCUUCUUAAGAAUCGCCGAGAGCUA